AUGUCUAAGGCUUCACUGGAGGCACAAUUGGAAACCGAAAUAGCUAAGAUUAUAAAAGCGCAUUCAGAUACUGCAGUUUCAGAAGCCCAAAAGGAAAUUGAGUCUAACUACGCAUACAUUAAUGACAAGCAAUUAAAAAAGCUGAUCGGCUUACAUGAUGAUGUGUUACAGCAUAAAUGCGGUGUCCCCUUGCAGAAGUUAUACGACAAAUAUAGUCAGUUCAAUUUGCAACACGGAAAUCUUCAGAAUUGGGCUGAACUGAUAGAUCGUGAUCUGCGAGUUCUUGAGGCAACAAUAGAAAGGGUAUGGGAUAAUCGUCGAGAGGAUGGGUUUGACUGA